GCCCGGCGGGGCUGUGGGUCAGUAGAGGGGCUCUGCCAGCAGCUUGCCCCCGCGGGCCUCCACGUGCCGCGGAGAGUGCUUUCCUCUGGGGCCCGAGACCGCGCUGUCCCCGGCGGGCGGUCGCCAACCUGCUGGGCCAGAUGUGCUGCCGCGGGUGGGAGCCAGCUGUUGUGGCCCCCGGCCUCCAGCAGAGGCUUUUAGCCUGAGCCCCGGGUGGGGGGCAGGGAGCAGAGCAUCCAGGACUACUAUGCCUGGCCAAGACCACCACCAGCUCUCAGAAGGGGAGCAUCCAUCUGUGACACUGUUUCGCCAGUACCUCCAAAUUCAGACUGUGCAGCCAGAACCCAAGUAUGAGGAAGCUGUGCUUUUUUUGGAGAAAAUAGCCAAGGACUUGGGCCUUGAGUAUCAGAAGGUGGAGGUGGCUCCAGACCGAGUGGUGACAAUAUUGACCUGGAGAGGCACAGAUCCCAGGCUCCGUUCCCUUGUGCUUAACUCCCACACUGAUGUGGUGCCUGUCUUCAAGGAACACUGGAAUCAUGAUCCCUUCGAAGCCUUCAAGGACGCCCAAGGGAACAUUUUUGCUCGGGGUGCUCAGGACAUGAAAUGUGUUGGCAUUCAGUACGUGGAGGCUAUUCGGAGGCUAAAAGCAGAAGGGAAGUCUUUUCCCAGGACCAUUCACCUGACAUUUGUCCCAGAUGAGGAGGUUGGAGGACACAAGGGCAUGGAGCUGUUUGUGAAACGGCCAGAGUUUCAGGCUCUAAGAGCUGGCUUCGCCCUCGAUGAAGGCUUGGCUAGCCCUACAGAAACCUUCACGGUCUUCUACAGCGAACGCAGCCCCUGGUGGCUGUGUGUCACCAGCUCUGGGAACCCAGGCCACGGCUCGCGUUUCAUUGAGAAUACGGCCGCAGAGAAGCUGCAUAAGGUGGUCACCUCCGUGCUGAAGUUCCGAGAGCAGGAGAAUCAGCGGCUCCAAUCCAACCCCAACCUGACCCUGGGGGCCGUGACCACCGUGAACCUGACCAUCCUGAAUGGAGGAGUUGCCUUCAAUGUGGUGCCGGCCACCAUGAGCGCGAGCUUUGACUUUCGAGUUGCUCCAGAUGUGGACCUCAAGGCCUUUGAGGAGCAGAUUCAGGGCUGGUGCCAGGAGGCUGGGGAAGGGGUCACCUACGAGUUUCACCAGAAAUGGACAGAGCCCCGAAUCACAGCCACAGAUGACUCCAACCCCUGGUGGGCCGAGUUCAGCAGAGUCUGUAGGGAGAUGAAUCUCAGUGUGAAGCCCGAGAUCUUCCCAGCUGCUACCGACAGCCGGUACCUCCGAGCCGCAGGGGUCCCAGCGCUGGGCUUCUCCCCGAUGAACCACACCCCCGUCCUGCUGCACGACCACAACGAGUUCCUGAACGAAGCCGUGUUCCUUCGGGGCAUUGACAUCUACGCCCACCUGCUGCCUGCCCUGGCCAGCUUGCCGGCCCUGCCCAACGAGUGCUAACAGCAGCGGCUACCAGCAGCCCCUCCUAGUGCCUUCCCCUCCCCACCGCUCGGGCCUGGGGGCUUCCCCUUAGCUCCCCUUAGGAACCAAAGACCCAGACCUCCAAUAAAGCCUCGUUUUGGUGCUGAGCUGUCCUGUCUCCCCUCUCCCCAGCACGCUGCACUCCUUUUCGCACCGAGCAGCCGCCCUCGCUAGGUUCUGUGGGAGGAGAAAAGGGGUGGCAAGGAGAGGGGCACAACGCUGGACCCGGAGGGCUGAUGUCCGGUCCCGCUCCGGCCCACCAACGGAAGAAUGAUGUGGUUGGGUGGGAGUGGCUGCCAUGUGCUUGCCAGCUGCCUUUACCGAUGAGGAAACAAGGCAGAGAGAGCUAAUUAAGUGACUUGCCCAAAGUCGUGCCCUACUGCUCGUCUGAAGGCGGAUUUGCACUUGGCUCUACCCACUGCACCCGCCCCGGCAUGCAAGGUGGAUGGUUUAUUCCAGUAUAGGGCAAGAUGUGGGAGGGGGAGAGAAGCACUAAGUCAGCGAGCAUUUAAAGGCAGAAUGGGGCUGAGGUACAAGGAGAUCAAACAGCAGUUCCCUCCGUCUGUUGGGAAACCCCUCAGGGAAGACAGGCUCCACACUAAUACAUGCUCUUGAUCCAACCAUUCUGGAAAUCAUUUGGGAUGUAGUCAACAGUUCAAUUGCUCCAGGGAUACCACUACCAGGCAUUAACACCGGGAGGUCAAUGGCUGAAGGAAAGGACUUAGAAAAACAAAAAUACUUGCAGUGGAUAUAUUUUUUUUUUUUUGUAGUAGCAAAAGGCUAAAAUGAAAGUGGAUGCCCACUGAUUAGAGAAUAAUUGAACAUAUUCUUGUUCACUGUAAUUAACAUUUGUCAUAAGAAAUAAUUGUCAAAGAUUCAAAGACUAUUCACAAAUAAAACUCAUGUAAAAACAA